AGAAAAAGAGCGAGAGAGAAAAAAGCCCUCAACAUCAACUGUUACAUCACCGCUCUGUUCGAAGAAUCAUUUAAAAGCUUAUGCCCGACACGAUCGUCUCAUCAUUACAUUUCGAAAGCAUCUCUCAGCAAGACACAGGACUCAAUUCAACCAAAAUGAAAAUCACACCCAGAACAGCCCGUGCGCUGCUGAUGCUGUUGGUGGCAUCGAUUCUGAUUGCCAAAAUAGAAUGCGCCCCAUACCAGCAGCGAAUGGCUGCCGAAGACAGCAUGAGACAUCUCGCCAGGAAUGAUCUUGUCCGGAUUUUCCAAGAGGAUGCCAAGUGGGGAUCGUCUAGCCAUUCCGGCAGGAGCUCUGAAGAAGUGAGAUACCAACCAAAUACUUCGGUAUUUCCAGUUGGCGCCGGUGCGAUACCCGUUGCAACCGUCCCUUUUUAAGGAAAUUUCUUGGUGUUCGAUUGCUGAACUGGCUCCCGAAAGUGGCUGAACGCAGUACUACCCAGGGUACUUGCGUGAAUGGAAUCGAUUGUAAUUAAGCACAAUAAAACUCGCGUUUGUUCUAGUAAAAAAAACUAA